UUUUAUGCUUCAUUCUAUGUUUGCAGCUCUUAAAGGAUGUUGCUGAGCUACGAACCUUAGUUGCCUCUUCCACAAGGAAACGUGUCCAGGAUAUCCUUGCUGAUGAAUUACGAAAAAUGGAACAAGAAGUUACCAAGUUACAAGAAGAAGUGUUGAAGUCAGAGCCAACUAAACCAAAGGAUAUCACUAAUAAGAUCUAUGAUGUUAAGAUUCGCAAUUACUCUUGGGAUCAGUCAGACAAAUUUGUGAAACUAUAUAUCACACUGAAGAAUGUUCAGAGUUUACCUAAAGAAAAAAUUAUUUCAUCUUUUGAAGAGAAGAGUUUUAAUUUAACGGUGCAGGAGUUGGAUGGAAAAAAUCAUCAUCUCACUAUUGCUAAUCUUGCAUCUAAAGUAAAGGUUGAUGCCAGCUACCAUAAAGUUAAGACAGACAUGGUGGUUGUAUUCCUUGCAAAAGCUGAAGCAAAGAAAUGGGGAGCAGUAACAGCUGAAGAAGUUCAGAUACUUGAAGCUCGAAAGCCAAAGGGAAGUGCAGAUGACCCUAGUGGUGGCAUGAUGGAUUUAAUGAAGCAGAUGUAUUUGGAUGGUGAUGAUAAAAUGAAGCAGAUGAUGAACAAGACUUGGUAUGAGAGUCAGCAAAAGACACUUCGGGGUGAUCCUGGGAUGCCUGGCUUGGAUGAUGUAUAAUACCAAAAGUUAUUGCUCACAUUGAGAGAUGGUUUUAUAUUGUUUAUGUGGUUAAAAGUAGGAUAUCACUGUAAUAUGAUUUUCUACCUCUUGUGUAAUGCUGCUUUAAAUAGUAUUUCCUUUUGACAAGUUAUAAUUGUUGAGAUUCCCUAUAAAGCUUAAAUCCCAUUGAAAGUUAAGAAGUCAACAUUGUGGUCUGUUAAACUAUUUAUUAUUGUUUUAGUUAAUAACCUUAUAAAAAUUAUUGCAGAAUUUAGGAUAGAUAAUAUUACAGAAAUUAUUACAUAUUCUAGAUUAUAUUCUAGAUUAUUAUUUACUGUAUUUUGUAAAUUAUUGAUGUAAUCAUUAGAUUAAUCCUCAGUGCUGUUUAUCUGUAACUUCUUGAGCACAAAUUAUGGGAGUAGAAAACUUUCCAAGGUGAAGGAGAUUUUCAUUUAGUAAUUUAAUUUCAGUUCCUUAUAUUUGUAAAGGUCUGUUUAUUUAUCAUUUAGUAGUAUUUCCUUUGUGAAGCAGCAAUGCAUUUGAA